CCCUCCAGACAUCGGAGGUAUAUAUGUGCAGGAAACAAGGUCAAGGCGCCUUCAUUGCAGUCAUGAUCAUCGCCAUCGCAACCAUAUGUGCCGUGUCCGUGUGGAUGGGAUCACCGGGCGUGGAUGCGAGGAUCCCGCCUAAACUUGUGAAGGCUGUGAACGGCGCCGGAAAGGCUUUAUAUGCGGGUCACUACGCUUACUCUGUCGCUCCGAUUCCUCAGCAUAUCACCGUCCAAGCGAACGUCGCGAGAAAGGAGGUGCACUUGCCGCCGAGGUUGAGGAAGAAGCGUAGGCCGCCACCAAGGAGGCCGCAGUACGCCAGCCAGUACCAGGAGUACACCCGUUCUCCGAACAGAAAGAAGAUCAGGCCGAGAAGUCAUCCCAAACCGAGGCCGAAACCCAGGCCGAAUUACAGGGAGCAGGAAUACUACGACGAUGAGGACAUCGAUGACGAGCCCGACUACGACUACGAAGGGAGGCCGAAAAAAGUCUACAGGGACAGUCACAAAGAAGGAAAAGAAGAUGAUUUCGUGAGUCAGCACUCUGAAUAUUACACUCCAGGCUACAACCCAGGGAGGAAGAAGUUAAAAUACCGGGACGAUGAGAUCCAUUACGCCGAUCAGUCGUCCGUCGUCUACAUCAAGAGACCAAAACCGAAUAUAAAAAGCUGGACCAGCGUGAUGCGACCGUCCAGCAAACUGUAUUCCGCAACGAUAGGCGGUCCUCCAAGGCCCAUACUUCCAAGAGAAGAGGAAGUCGACGAAGAAGAAGAGAGACCGAGGUACAGAGAAAAGAAACACAGAAAACGCUACAGAAACGAAGAAUCGUACCAUGAAGAGGACUUUUCGAGCAAAGAAGCAGAAGAUCAAGAAGAUUAUUUCAACCCUGAUAAUGUUUACCACGACCGCGCAUACAGUGCGAAACAAAAAAGAAGGGAAAGAGGGUUGGAUGAUAAAGGAGACGAGCCAAGAGAAUCUUUUAGACAGGAAGAAGCGUUACCCCAAAGAAAUAAACAGGACUGGAGGAAACAAGAAGAAACCCGUAAAAUUCCCGAAGCUAGGCCACCGACCUGGCGAUCCGAACCUGAAGCCAAAGGAGAAAGGGCACCGACCUGGCGAUCCGAACCUGAAGCCAAAGGAGAAAGGGCACCGACUUGGCGAUCCGAACCUGAAGCCAAAGGAGAAAGGGAAGAGCAGAUUCGUUGGUGGCUGAAACCGGAAUGGGAAGGUCAAGAAGGCCGACCAAUUUUGCCAAUUUUACAAAGAGAUCCCUUAGAAGGCUGGCGGACCGGCGAGAAGUCGGAACAGCUUAAGCAAGUGGAACUCUGGACCCAGGGUCCGAUCCAGACACUGAGAUGGGCAGAACCGAGCUCUCCUCCGGCUCUUCUGUCGACACCGACACCCACAAUACAGCAACAUACCAUCGCUUUGUUCCAAACGCCCAUCCCUGUCCAUCAGGAAAGAUGGCCUGAUACGGCACCGACGGCUACCUACAGGUGGAAGGACCCGCAGGCAGUUUCCACGGCCAAGCCAAAAAAACGAAAAUCACACAAGAACGGAGAACUGAGGAGAAAUGCGCACAAACAUGAAAACCAGCCAGACGAAUACAGAAAAGAAAUCGUCGCUCAGAGGGUCGUCGGCGACGUCAUGAAAUGGGAUACCCAAGAGGACACAGAUAACAAGGAAUGGAAGAUCCAGGGCUUUAGACAGACUAUAAAAAAACCGACAGAUCAAAAUUUCGACAACGAAAAUGUCAAAAGUGAAACCGACGGAGAGAUCAUCUACGGGAGCAGGAUAACCAACGCGCAAAAUCAAAAAGCUUGGAGGAAGGAACCCGACAUCGGGUUCGGCCAAGGAAUGGAAGUGAUGGUCGACGACAAAGUCGCCGGCUGGCAAGUCUAUUAAAACCACUUUUUAAACGAGAUCGAAUAUCGGGCUUACCUCCUCUUUCGUUUAGAAAAUUGUUAAGCAAGUCCGAAAUGUUGCAUAAUUUUAUUUGAACUGAAAUAGUCUCUUCAAGAAAUCAGAACGUUUUCGAGAUAGUUUUCUUUUAGGGAAGUUCUACGGACGGUUUAAAUGUAUAAUUUGCAAUUUGAAAAUAUGAAUUGUUAGUGAAUCUUUUUGAAAUUGUCCUUAUGUAAACUGAAAUUUACCGAAAACAUUUCGACCCUGUUUUUAUCGUAUAAACUGGGAAAGAAGAAGUGAUUCUGGCUAAGUUAACAUUCCUAAACUCAAUCAAAUCAGGUUCAUCUUUUACUACGGAAUUAGCAAGGCAAUAUAUAAAAUUAUUCAAAUUUCCUUUUCUAUCAAAUUUCGGAAAGUCGGUUAGAAACAUCCAUUUCUCGAGCAUUGAACUUCGCGGGGUUUUAACAAUCAUAAGUAGCGGUUUAAGAGCCAAGUUGAAAGUCAUUGUUUAUAGCUGGUCCUGAAGUUUAUCUUCGAAGUGUUCCGGGUCGAAAUGGAAAGUCCGGCUAAUUAUGCUCAGGAAGUAUUCAUCGAUCGUUAAGGGAAAAAAACACGAGAGUUUCAAUUUUUCUGUGCGUAAAUUGCAUUCCUUUUAGGGCCGGCGAUUUUUCCACUCUUACUUUCCAAUUCAUUCCUCUUUUCUCGACUGGUUUUUUCCCUAUGUGUGGAAACCCGGGCCGUAAAAUCAUCUCACUGACAUUGUACUAAAAACAGCUCUUAAAAAAAAAAAGUUGGCCACGACAAUAUUAUUAUCUAACUCGCACAUAACUAACAACGUUAUGUAUUCUCUUCUUCCAGCUCUCAUGCCUCUGUUUAUACCGUGUAUAAACUCUGUAAAUAGUUUGUUUUUAUUAUUGAUUUCUGUUAUUUUGUUUUAGU